AUGGCGGCCGCCGCCCUGGGCCUCAGGCCGGACCCCUCCUUCCUGCGGGCUGCGACAGGCGCGUGCCCGAGCUACGGGUCGCCGGCGAGGUCCCUAGAGGACCGCUCGCGCCCCGGAUGGCGAAUGCUGGAGGAAACCCGCGGGCCCUCGCCCACCACAGCUCCGAAGCGCCAGACGCUGCCGAAGGUCGACACAGGAGCACAACAUUCGGUCUUGAUCAGACCCCAUGGAAAAAUUUCUGAAAAAUCUUCCUGGGUCCAAGGGGCUACCGGAAUAAAAAAAUAUCCCUGGACCACCCAAAGGACUGUGGACCUAGGAAAUGGAAAGGUCACCCAUUCCAUCCUAGUCAUCCCCGACAGCCCAUGCCCCUUAUUAGGAAGAGACUUACUCACUAAAAUGGGGGCCCAGAUUCAUUUUACGCCAGGGGGCCCCCAAGUGACUGGCCCUCACAAUCAACCCAUGACCGUACUUACUCUAAGAUUAGAAGAUGAAUAUCAACUCCAUCAGGAGCCACCCUCACAAAGUCAAAACAUAGAGCCCUGGCUCCAGCAGUUCCCAGAAGCAUGGGCUGAAACGGGUAAACAUCGCCUGGCUCUAUUCAUAGAGUUGAAACUGGGGGCAGAUCCAGUUCGGGUCCGACAGUACCCGAUGUCAAUGGAGGCCAGAAGUGGCAUCACGCCACAUAUCCAUCGCCUCCUAGACUUAGGCAUCUUGCGUCCCUGCCAUUCAGCCUGGAACACCCCCCUGCUGCCUGUACGAAAACCUAACAGUGCGGACUACCAUCCAGUACAAGAUCUAAGAGAAGUUAACCGCCGAGUCAUGGACAUACACCCAACAGUGCCCAACCCCUAUACCCUCCUAAGUGCCCUCAGCCCAGAAAGACAAUGGUAUACUGUCCUUGAUUUAAAAGAUGCUUUUUUCAGCCUGCCUCUGGCCCCCAAAAGCCAAGAGCUCUUCGCCUUCGAGUGGUCCGACCCUGAGAGGGGCAUAAAUGGGCAACUCACCUGGACCCGGCUCCCCCAAGGAUUUAAAAACUCACCCACCUUGUUCGAUGAGGCACUUCACGAGGAUCUGGGUCCGAGGUAACCUACUUGGGGUACCUGUUAAGAGAAGGCCAGCGGUGGCUCACUGAUGCACGGAAGGAAACCGUCCUCCGCAUCCCCCGACCCACAACACGAAGGCAGGUGAGAGAAUUCCUGGGAUCGGCCGGGUUCUGCCACUUGUGGAUACCUCGGUUCGCCGAGAUGGCUAAGCCUCUUUACCUGGUCACCCAAGAACAGGCGCCCUUCGAGUGGACAGAGGAAACUGAGCAGGCUUUCCAACAAAUUAAACUCGCCCUGUUGUCAGCGCCAGCCUUAGGGCUCCCCGAUGUCUCCAAACCCUUUCAUCUCUUCGUAGAUGAAAACAAGGGGGUAGCCAAAGCAGUGCUGACGCAACUCCUUGGUCCAUGGCCCAGGCCCAUUGCCUAUCUUUCAAAAAGACUAGACCCAGUAGCGGCUGGCUGGCCCCCUUGCCUCCGUAUGAUCGCUGCUACAGCUCUAAUGGUAAAGGAUGCUGAUAAGUUAACUAUGGGACAGGAGUUACAUGUUACAACCCCUCAUGCCAUCGAGGGAGUCCUCAAACAACCUCCUGACCGAUGGAUAAGUAACACCCGACUGGUUCACUACCAGGGACUAUUAUUAAAUCCCCUCAGAAUCAUUUAGGCUCCC